GCAUUUAUGUCUCACCUGCGGCAAGGUGUUCACUGCCCGCUCCACUUUAGUCAUCCACAUGAGGAUCCACACGGGCGAGAGGCCGUAUUCAUGCCAAACCUGCGGGAAAACGUUUGUCUAUGCUCAGAUCUUCAAGAACCACAUGAGAAGUCACACAGGUGAGAAUCUGUUCCCCUGUAGCGUGUGUGGGAAAGGGUUUAAUUACCAAGGGCACCUAAAAACCCACAUGAGGAUCCACACGGGCGAGAGGCCGUUUUCAUGCCAAACCUGUGGAAAAACAUUUGCUUCUAGUUAUGCCCUCAAGUACCAUGUGAGAGGUCACACGGAUGAGAAUUCAUUCCCCUGUAGCGUGUGUGGGAAAGGGUUUAAUUACAAACAGAACCUAAAAAUCCACAUGAGGAUACACACGGGCGAGAAACCGUACUUGUGUACAACCUGCGGGAAAAAGUUUAAGUUCAGUUGGAACCUCACAAGUCACAUAAAGGUCCACACGGGUGAGAAGCCAUACUUGUGUACAACCUGCGGGAAAAAAUUUACUUUCCGUUGGAACCUCACGAGUCACAUGAGGAGCCACACCAGUGAAAAGAAAACUAAAAAUGGAAAAACUGCCAAAUGUCUGUAUUGUCCCACCUGUGGCAAAAUGUACACCAAUAACAGUAAUUUAGUUAUCCACAUGAGAAGUCACACGGGUGAGAAGCCUUUCUCCUGCAACGUGUGUGGAAAAAGGUUUAUUAGCAAAGGGACCCUAAAAACCCACUUGAGGAUCCACACAGGCGAGAAGCCGUACUCGUGUACAAUCUGCGGGGAAAGAUUUACUUACCAUUGUAAUCUCACAAGUCACGCAAAGAUCCACACAAGUGAAAAGCCUUACUCCUGCUAGAGCUGUGAAAGCAAGUUUCUGUGCAAAGUCCAAUUCCAAGCUCACAUGAAGGCUCAUGAAAACGUGAGCAGCUGAUUGUUUAACGUGGAGAAAAGUUGCACCAACUAUUGUGCAAAUUGUGCAGGAGCAAUAGAGGUGUUGUGAAACAUUUAUUGCAGGUCGGACUGGAGAUUAAAUAAAACUACUUCUUUAUUCUUUGU